CCUCCACGCCGUGGCUUGAAUUGUAAUUUUCUGCUGUGGCAAGGCAGAUUUGAUUUCCUUCAUAAUUGUAGUUUUGGCCGCACUCUAUAACAUUUUUGUCGAUUUCUUCCUGUUUUCCACCUUCAACCCUCUUCCUAAGAAAUCCUCGAAAACGUCGACAUUCAGUUUAAAAUAUAGCAAAUAUGUUCGCAAGAAACGUCGCUAUUCUCAGCCUCACAGCCUGCGUGCUUGCCGACCCAAUACCAGCACCGCAAGUAACGACCGCCAGCUUCCCAACAGGCGAUCCAGCGUUGAGCUCCGAACUUGCCUCCCUCUCUUCUCUCGAUGCUGCCCUAUCCGGAAUGCCUACUCUUCCCGCAUCUGUAAACUCAUACCUCGUGUCUGCUGGCUCUGUAUACGCAGCCUCAUUCACAGACGCAUGUGCCAUCCCAACCACCACACCAGGCUAUCUUGCGACCGCUCCAGCAUACGUAACAUCCGCGCUUACCAGCUAUAAAAUCGCCUUGUCGAGUUGGGAUGCGGCUCAUUCGACCAGCUACAGUGUGGAUACGUCGAUCACGGGCACCUAUUCUUCUUAUACAUAUUCUUAUACGCCUUACACACCAACAGGCACAUGUGGUGGAGUUUCCACGACACCAAAGUCAACCGGAAAUGGAAAGACGACUGGAACGAGUGCCACUGGUGCGGCUACGAAAUCCUCUGAUUCAGAAUCAAGUUCGACUUCCUCUACGACUGGAACUGCUGCUUCGUCGAAAGGAUCUUCUGCGGCUGCUCCGCUGAAUGGGGGCGUUUCUUUGAGCUUUGCGGGUCUCUUUGGUGUUUUGGGACUCAUGGCUGCGCUGUAAGGAGGAGGAAGGCUUCUUAUACAUCUGUACCCCCGUCUUGGAGCUAGCUUAGCACCUUCUAAAAUUUCAAUGGAAGUUCUCCAACAAACUCUUCAAUGUACCUUGCCUAGCCUGCUCCGGUUGAAAUCUAUUUAUGUAUUAGCUGUG